AGGUGGACGGACGAGACGAUCGAACGUGCAUACGGGUGCGCGAGGUGUACGUCGACGCGUCAUCGUCACCGCGACCGCGUGUGCCGCGGCGGCUUCCCUUCGACGAGGGCUAUCGAUCGGCGAGGGCCAGUGCUGCGGCGAGGACGACCACCGGCCGGCGUAACGUGGUGCGUGAUGUCGCGCCGGCACGCCGGAGCCAGCUAGAGGCCAGCCACCACGCCGUGUGAAGGUUGCGGGGAGAGAGAGAGAUAGUCACGCCGCUUACGACUACGGCGCGAUCGUUCGACCGUGGAAGGCACGCUCGUCGGAGGAGUGAGAGAGAGAGAGACAGGAGAGAGAACGCGGAUGUUAAUUUCGGAAUUUAUACCUGCAGUGGGCCUGCUUGAUUCGUCUUCGAAAACGAGAGCUUACGAAAGCUGCUUGAAAUUGGAAGCAAUUUCGAGUAUACGGAUCGAUUUUUCAAACCGGAAACCGACGUCGGAAGUGGCCGAAAUCGAAACCUUCAUCGAAAACGAAUUGUCUGCUCUUAUACCUCGGAAAGACAAAUGUCCUAUACGGUUUUACAUGCGCAGUUUAAUGAAUAUUGGAUAAUACGAAUAAGGUGGAGGAACGAUACCGAGUAUUUCCUAGAAGGAUAACAGAAGGACAUCUCGAUCCGUCUUGAUUCAGCGCGAAGACAUCUCUCCGGAACGCGGCUCCCUUCAUCGGGCUCGCCUUCAGCAGACAAGUUUUACUUGGAAACCGGAAAUCUAAGGAAACGCCUGAUGUGAUUCGGAAAUUGGAUAAGCGGUUUUGGCUGUCUCUACCAUCUUUCACCGGAACGAGCCUUACAGCUAGGAAUAUCUCGAGGAGCGUGUACGAGUGCCCUCGUGAACCGCGCUAUACGCGCCUGUUUCUCGGAGCGCGUUCCGAAUGUCACGAUGAAAAAAUUCUCGUGACACGAGAUAAUGAUGUCAGAAUCGAUAGAGUAUUAUUAAAACUCCGAGUAUCCGUUGCGAACGAAGUCGUUAAUCGCAUCGAUUAAAAUUCAAUAGAGGAAUAUUUUUGUCUACAAGGGUUCUAAUAAAAGCUCUCUUUUUUUAUUUCUCUCCCCUUCUCGCGCGCGCAUUGAGAAAUAUAUCGUAAAUACGAAAACGUAGGAUACACUCGGGUGAAAAAUAAUACCGGACGAAAAAUGGCGUACGACGACGUUAUCCUUCGUAUGGGCGAGUUCGGUCGCUACCAGCGCAGGGUCUAUCUUCUACUCUGUCUUCCAGCGAUAUCGUGCGCCUUUCACAAGCUAGCCGGCGUGUUUCUCGGAGCCAAAAUGAGCUCGAGGUGUUUACUUCCUCACGAGCACGCGGAGAACGCCACGUACCAUCUGAGCCAGGACAUGUUGAACGCGAGCUAUCCGUGGGACUACGAGCUUCGAGGGUGGUCCCAGUGCAUGAGCCGUGACAUUAUCGGCCUCGCGAAUGGCACGAUCAUCGAAACAGCGAUUGGCAACGGCACCGAAGGGGGAGGCAUCAGCACCUGCAAGCAGUAUGUGUACGACAGAAGCGUGUACAAAAGUACAACCACUUCCGAGUGGGACUUGGUCUGCGACAAGGCGUGGCUGAGAGCGACGGGGGAUUCGUUGUUCAUGGUAGGAGUCAUGCUUGGCUCGAUGAUAUUCGGCGGUUUGUCCGAUAAAUAUGGUCGUAGACCAAUUUUCUUCCUGUCUUUAGUCAUACAGCUGGUCGGCGGUAUACUAGUCGCUGUCGCGCCCGAGUUUAUUUCCUACGUAAUCUUCAGGCUAAUUGUCGGCUCAACCACCAGUGGGGUGUUCUUAGUAGCUUAUGUCAUAGCUUUGGAGAUGGUCGGACCGAAAAAGCGGUUAAUAGCCGGUGUCGGUUGCCAAUUAUUUUUCACUACCGGAUACAUACUCACCGCAGGUUUCGCGUAUUUUAUUACCGACUGGAGAAUGCUGCAAGUAGCCAUCACAGUGCCGAGCAUCGCGUUUUUACUUUAUUGGUGGUUCAUUCCCGAGUCCGCGCGAUGGCUUCUGACGAAAGGCCGACUCCAGGAAGCGAAAGAUUUGCUGCAACGUGCUUCUCUGGAAAAUGGCGUAGAGAUGCCGAGUGAGGCUCUGGACACGCUUCUUAAUAAUAACAGCGAGGAUAGUAUGCCCGACGCGAAAAAGCCUUCGCUCUUCGAUCUGUUCCGUUAUCCGAACAUGAGGCGGAAGAGCAUUCUUCUAUUCUUCAACUGGCUCGUCAACAGCGGCACGUACUACGGAUUGUCUUGGCACGCGUCCAAUCUUGGCGGUAACGACUACGUUAAUUUUGUAAUAUCCGGGGUGGUGGAAGUACCGGCAUACACGUUCCUGAUUUUCACCCUGAAUCGCUGGGGCAGGAAGAUCAUUCUUUGCGGCUGUAUGAUGUUAUCCGGAUUAGCGUUACUCGGCACAUUGUUCGUUCCUGCCAAUAUGCCUUGGUUAAUCGUUUGUUUAGCAAUGAUAGGAAAACUUGCUAUCACCUCCUCGUACGGUGCAAUUUACGUAUUUACUGCCGAACAAUUUCCGACUGUCAUUCGAAACGUCGGCCUAGGUGCGAGCUCCACCUUCGCUCGAAUUGGCGGAGUUAUCGCACCAUACGUCAAUCAUCUGUCGGAGAUAUGGAUGCCAUUGCCACUUGUUAUAUUCGGAUCUUCCGCCUUAUUCGGUGGAUUAAUGUCUCUUCUUCUUCCGGAGACGCUGAACAAAAAACUUCCUGAAUCGAUUCAAGACGGCGAGCUCUUUGGAAUGAAACAGAAGAAGAAGAAGAAAAAACAACAGCUGAUGCUCGAACAACUGAAUGACGUAGAAAUAAUAAAACCGUUAAAGGCACAGGAGAAGCAGAACGGUGUACAUGAGAAACAAAACGGAUGACACUAAUUUGCGAAUAUCAACGUCGGUAUUGCACUCAAAAUAUGUACCCGAUUCCCGUCUGACCAUACUUUAGAUGUCUGCCGCGUGCAGUACACACGCUUAUCGGGAACUUGGCGUAACGCGAUGCUCAUCGAAUUUCGAUCUGAACUUCUAAUACCUACAAUCGAUUAACAUCUAUUCGUCCUUGGUCGAGCCGUCGUGUCUCAAGUGAGUCGGAUUGGACAUAAAACAAUUAUUUAUACAGAAAUAAAAGUUAAUCAACCGCCGCAAGAAACGUACGUAUAUUUUGCGUUUUAAUACUUUGAAACUAGGUAUAACGAUUUAUUUAGCUGUCACCAUAACGUGUUGCGUAGAACUAUAAGAAUAUUCUGCCAACAAACAUCACUACUCAAACAUCUAAACGUCCUUUAUAAAGAAUGACUACGUAUUAUAUAUGAAACAUUGCAAUUUAUCAAUAUAAAAACUUUUGCUAGUA